AUGGUGAAGAUCGGAUACCAACCUUGCAAUCAAGGAUUGGAUCCAGGCCCAUCAAUUACCAUCACGCCAAGACAAACCAUAUCAAAUAAACAACAUCAGCAGAAGCACCAGCUACAACGGGAUCAAAGUAACGAUGAUGGCGAAACAAAUGAUGCGCCCGGCUCAUCGAAUCACACCGAUACGCAUGGUAGCGUCGGUGUGCCGACACUGCCUUCGGCAGCGCUAUCAUCAGCAACAGCGCGCUAUCCACCACCACACCAGCAACACUAUGCCACGAGCAACGCAGUGGCGCCACUGUCGGAUGCUUUACAACAACAAUACGAGCAGCGUUAUCAACUGCAAACAGCCUAUUAUCAUCAGCAACAGCAGGCGCCGCCGUCUCAAUCGCAGCAAGAAGACCAACAUCCGUCUACACAAUACCAUCAUGCGGCGGCCACAACAACAACAGUAAAUCAACAUGCAGCGCGCAGCAACAGACAAGCAACGCUGUCGACAGCCACACAUCACACAACGUACACAUCACAAGCAGCAACAACAACACAGCAGCAGCAACCUGCAGCAAUGGGGCACGCGUUGACACACGCCACACAGCAACAACAACAACCGUAUCAACGGACGUCAUCAGAUGUGCAGCAAAUGAGUGAGUAA